AACCAGAGGGUCUUGAUUAGGGUUGUCAAACAGCCGACAAUCGGUAGCAGGGGAGAUACAGGAUACUGCAACAGUGCACGCGAAGAAGAGAAGAUAAAAUAGCAAGUAGUCGAACUUCUACAACUCGGAGUAUUAGUCUAGUUUAAUAUAGUAGUUUAAUUUUGAUUAUGAUUUUUCGUGGUUUAGUUUUCUACGAUGCACUGACGGGAAGAGAAUCAAUGGAGAGAAAAGCCUAAUUGGGUGCUUUUAUACUGCAAUUUAUCUAACCUGUAACUCAUAAUCCCUUCAAUUUCCAUAAUGGACGAACCUACCUUAGUUGAUGAAAAUUUCCCUCUCUUCUCUAAACCCCGCAGAAAUCCCAAACCCCAACAACAAACUCAACCUCGAAACGGUGAUGCCAACCCUAGCGAUAAAACUCCUCACCUUGAAAAAUUCGUAAGUUCAAACCCUAAUUAUGUUGCUACAACCUCUAUUACCACAUUCGCGGACCUUGGCCUUGCCGAGUGGGCAGUGCAAACAUGCAAGGAAUUAGGCAUGCGCAAGCCUACUCCAGUGCAGACACAUUGUAUCCCAAAAAUCCUUACAGGUCGUGAUGUGCUCGGGCUCGCCCAGACAGGUAGUGGAAAAACAGCAGCAUUUGCAUUGCCAAUCUUGCAUCGGCUUGGUGAGGAUCCCUAUGGGGUAUUUGCCUUGGUGGUCACGCCUACAAGGGAGUUGGCUUAUCAGUUGGCCGAUCAAUUUAGGGCUUUGGGUUCGUGCUUGCAUUUGCGGUGUGCAGUUGUGGUGGGAGGGAUGGAUAUGUUGAACCAAACGCAAAGCUUGAUGAGAAGGCCUCAUGUCGUGAUAACAACACCGGGGAGGAUCAAGGUCUUGCUUGAGGAGAAUCCUGAUAUUCCUCCUAUCUUUUCUAGAACCAAGUUUUUAGUUUUGGACGAAGCAGACAGAGUAUUGGAUGUUGGCUUUGAGGAAGAACUCAGAGUAAUAUUCCAAUGCUUGCCAAAACCUCGUCAAACUCUCUUAUUUUCCGCAACAAUGACAAGUAAUUUACAAACUCUUCUGGAGCUGUCUGUGAAUAAAGCAUACUUCUAUGAAGCAUAUGAAGGCUUCAGAACAGUUGACACUCUUAAGCAGCAAUAUGUUUUUAUUCCAAAAAAUGUGAAGGAUGUUUAUCUUCUACACAUCUUGUCUAGAAUGGAAGAAAUGGGUAUUCGUUCUGCUAUGAUAUUUGUCUCCACUUGCAGAACAUGUCACCAUUUGAAUCUACUACUAGAAGAGCUAGAUCUGGAAUCUGCAGCAUUGCAUUCUUUCAAAUCCCAGUCUCUGAGGCUUUCUGCUCUUCAUCGAUUUAAAUCUGGGCAAGCUUCUAUACUGAUUGCUACUGAUGUUGCAAGUCGUGGUUUGGACAUUCCAACAGUUGAUCUUGUUAUCAACUAUGAUAUUCCAAGGUAUCCAAGAGAUUAUGUCCAUCGUGUGGGGCGUACUGCAAGAGCAGGUAGAGGAGGGCUGGCUGUGAGCUUUGUAACGCAGAAUGACAUUGAUCUCAUUCAUGAAAUAGAGGCUGUUCUUGGAAAGCAACUGGAGCAAUUUGAAUGUAAAGAAAACGAGGUGCUUUCUGAUAUUACGCGGGUAUACAAAGCUAAACGUGUGGCAACAAUGAAAAUGAUGGAUGAUGGGUUUGAAGAGAAGGCAAAGGAACGGAAGAAGCAAAAGCUGAAAUCACUAGCGGAGAAGGGUUUAUUGAAGAAGAACAGAAAGAGGAAAAAGAAAUCUUCUGAAUGAUUUGUGACUGCAUAUCACCACUUCUCUGGAAUUUACCCUUUUUGCCUUAUGGGCCGUGACCAUCUUCUUUAGCAGCAUUUUUUCUUUCCGUCAGCUGAUCUUGUUAUCAUGUGAUGCCGAAUCCCGUGUUUGCCCCCUGUUUUAUUUUGCCUUCUUAUCUCAUGUUAGUGAGAUGCUAAUUUUGUAGCUACUAUGUAAAAUAGUUAUUCUUUAGUGGGUUUGAAAUAUGGCAUCUAUGUGGUAGCUACAUUGGAAAACAUAUUAAAUUGUGGAUAGGAUAUAGGAAACGUGAUUUGUAAAAGGGUAAUUU